AUGAGUGGGUAUGAGAUUGUCAAUGUACCGUGCAUAGCCUACGGCUACUCGGUCUUCUGCUGCACCCUACUCGCCCACCAAUUCCUCGUCUGUAUCCCAAACGCAUGGCAAACAUUUCGCAUUCGCAGAAAGGGCGAUCUAGGUGGGACCUGUGCUGCAGAUUGUGCAAAGACCUGGUUGUGCCCUUGCUGCUCGUUAAUUCAAAACGAGAAAGAAUCGAAGCUUCUGAUCGAAGGGCGUAGAACAGGGUUUUGGGGUGGCGAUGGCGCUGGCGCUGGCGCAGAGGAUGUCAUUGUACGGCAACCGACCGGGGGUCUGGGCGAGGAGAUGGUCAUGUCAACGAUCGCGCAAGCUGAAGGUGUGACAUGUGCAAUGGUUGAACUCCCGGUGACCAUGGAAGGCGUCGAUGGGCAGCUGGCCGGAUCCGAGGCAGAGUCUGGAUUAGAGAAUACGGACGACACGACUAAAACACAACCACAUGCAGAUGAUAUCGCUGAUCCAAGCACUCUGUCUGACCCAAUCACGUCGGAAGGAACCCUCAACAACGAAACUUCUACUUCGCCUAUCAUGAUCUGCUCAGUAGCAACGACAACUAUAUUCGAGCCCCCCACACCUCCCACCGAAUCGAUUACGACUUCCCAGCACUUCGAAAUAGCACCUACUCAGGAAAUUCUUUCUUACGCCCCUAGCCACUCAGAAAGAAGGAAGAAGAAAUGGAAUUCGGAUACGACAGGCCAGCGUGUCCGCCGUAAGAGUGAAAGAGUAGUUCCGAAUCAUUUGGAUUGCUUCGUGCCGUAUAUGAAGUUUUUAGAGUAA